AUGAAAGGAUCGGAUUUGGCGUUCGAAAUCGUAAAACGUGCUACCGCUGGUUUUGUCUACAGCGAAGCAGUGGCCAGUCACUAUCUUCGUCAAGUGUUGGAGGCUGUUCGCUACUGUCACGAGAACAACAUUAUUCAUCGGGAUCUCAAACCCCACUGUGUCGUGUUGGCCAGUCAGGAGAACUCGGCACCUGUCAAGCUUAGCGGGUUCGGAUUGGCCGUUCAUAUGGAUCCGGACACCAGUGAGAUUUCUGGCGAUACCCCGCUCACAGUGGACCAGGAGAUAUUUUCACAAAACACUUUGUCAAUUAAUCCCGUCAUCAUCAUCAUCAUGUUCUCGACACUUUCGUUUCAGCUUCAACCACAAGUGUGGAAUAUGAUAUCGACCGAGGCCAGAGAUUUGGUAAUGCGAUUGCUCGAACCCGAUCCGGAACGACGGUUGACCAUUGACGAGGCUCUGCAUCAUCCCUGGAUUAGCCAGAAAGCUCGAGCGUCUAAAACACAUUUGCACGAGACCGUUGAGGAGAUGCGCCGAUUCAAUGCACGACGAAAACUGAAGGGAGCAAUCCUGGCAGCUGUUUCAAGCACAAAAUGGGCAAGCUUUUAUACGGAAGGCUCGACCGGUGAGGAUGUUUUGGACGAGGAUGAUGAAGUGACUUCUGCCGCGGUUAGUGCCGUGUUGGAUAGCUUGGAAGAAAUGCAAUGUCUGACCGAGUGUUCGGAGAAAGACGCGGAUCUUUUCCAGUCCGUGUUCGAGGAUGAACACCUGCAUUGUUUGUUAGAAGUAAGUGCUAUUGAUCGGUUGUCCUACGCCCCGGUUCACCGACACAUUUUGAAAAUCCAGUCAAGUUAA